AUGAGACUCCCCCAGUCGUUAUUGUUGCUAGCUGCCGCUGGGUCGGCGGCUCAGGCUAGUAGUGACAAGCCUGUCCGUCCCCGUGGCUUGGGCCCAGAAUUUGCCAAAUUCUACCAGGAUUUGACGACAUUCACCUGUAUUUCGAAUCCCUCGGUCAAAAUCCCCUUCUCGGCCGUCAACGAUGACUACUGUGACUGUCCCGACGGAAGCGACGAGCCUGGCACGUCUGCCUGCGCACAUAUCUCGCGCAAUUCGCCGCUAACGGUGGCCGACCGGCCUGGGAAUAGCGAUUUGGACACUGCACUCGCCCUCCCGGGAUUCUACUGCAAAAACAAGGGCCACCGGCCAUCAUACGUUCCAUUCCAGCGUGUCAACGAUGGUAUCUGUGAUUAUGAGGAGUGCUGUGAUGGUAGCGACGAGUGGGCUCGCGUUGGAGGCAUAAAGUGUGAAGACCGAUGCAAGGAGAUUGGCAAGCAAUGGAGGAAGCAGGAGGAGCAGAACCAAAAGUCGAUGACUGCUGCCCUGAGGAAGAAGAAGGAUCUUCUUGUCGAUGCUGGUCGCCAGCAGCAGGAAAUUGAGGAUCAUAUCGCUGCGCUAGAGGCAGAGGUUCAUGGCGCUGAGCUCAAGGAACAGAACCUCGAGGCUGAUCUGAAGCUCGCCCAGGAGCAGGACCGUAAGGUGGUUCGUACUGGAAAGGGCAAGGGUAAAGGUAAAGGCAAGGUCAGCGCCCUUGCCAACUUGGCCAAGGGCCGUGUUGAUGAGCUACGCAAUGCGUUGGUCGAUGUGCGUCGCCAGCGGGAUGAAGCCCGCGAGCGGGUGAAGGAGCUCGAGGAUAUUCUGGCUAAGGUCAAGGUGGAAUAUAACCCCAACUUCAAUGACGAGGGUGUCAAACGUGCGGUUCGUAGCUAUGAGGACUAUGCUGCUCGUGAGCAAGGCACCGAGGAUGCGAACGGUGCCGUGGACCGCGACUUAGACGAGAUUGCCAAGGCCGACGGCGAGGAAAAUGGUAUUAACUGGGAGCAUUGGGAAAACGAGGAGGAUGGAUGCAAUGACUCGGAUCUAGUGUACAAGCUCGCUGCUUAUCUCCCACCAUCCCUGGUCAGCUUCAUUGAAGACAGGGUGAUUUCUGUCAAGAGCUAUCUUGAAGAAAAGGGCAUUCUGCCGAAGGCCGAUGCAGACUCUUCAUCGGAAUCUAAGGCUGUGACCCAGGCACGCGACGCCCUGAAGACCGCACAAGAUUCUGUUACAAGCCUCAAGAACAAGCUACGCGACCAGCGUGCCGACCUUGAGCAAGACUAUGGUCCCGGCUCGAUCUUCCGCGCACUCAAGGGGGUUUGUAUCACCCAGGAUGCGGGUGAGUACAGGUACGAGCAUUGCUUCCUUGAGUCGACCAAGCAGAACCAGAGGAAGGGAAGCAAUUCUGUGUCCAUGGGCAAGUUCUCGAAUGUUGGCACCACGAGCGUGGAAGAAGUCAACACGGCUGGCGAGGUCGUCAAUGUCGAGAAGAUGACGAUUGAGUAUAAUCGCGGCCAGUCUUGCUGGAAUGGACCUAAUCGGUCGACCAAGGUCAUUUUGGAGUGCGGUGAGGAGAACAAGAUCUUGAAGACAGCGGAAGAGGAGAAGUGCGUGUACUCCAUGCUUGUUACAUCGCCAGCUGCAUGUGCAGGUGGUGAGGCAGGUAAUGAUGCACCACGCUCGAAAGAUGAGCUGUGA